CAGAGAACUUCUCCAUCAUGGCUCUGAUAAAGGCCCAGGCUGGUCUCCAAGCUUUCCUCCUCUCUAUCUACAGUGAGCAGGGCAUUCAGCAACUGGGCAUUGAAAUGGGACGCUCGCCUGUUUUUCUGUACGAAGACCAGAAUGGAAAGCCAGCUCCUGAGGACUACCCGCUUUUCAAAGGCAUCAACCUGGCUGAUGGCAAGUGGCAUCGCAUUGCCUUCUCCGUUUCCAAGAAAAACGUGACUCUGCUGUUGGACUGCAAGAAGAAGAUGACCCGUCCUCUUCCCCGGGGCAACAAUGCUGUGAUUGACACCAAUGGCAUCACAGUGUUUGGAGCUCGUCUGCUUGAUGAGGAGGUUUUCCAGGGAGACAUCCAGCAGCUGUUAAUUGCCUCCAACCCUCAGGCGGCCUAUGACUUCUGUGAACACUACAGUCCUGACUGUGACUCCCCUCUUCCCAAGACCCAGGCUCAGGACCCAAACACAUACGAUGACCAUGAAUAUCCAUAUUAUUAUGAGGAAACCACAGGCCUUCCCUCCUCAUCUUCAUCCCCCUCUCCCCAACCAGGGGACCACAAGCAGCAGGAUGUAGACACAGAAUAUUCUGAGGCUGGCCACACCCCUACAGAGACUGAUUAUUACUAUGAAGAGAUGGUCCCACAGCCAGACGGUGAGGUGGUUGGACAAGAAGAAAUACCUGUACAGCCCCAGGUCGAACCAGCCUUGGUGGGAGAGGAGGUAGAUGCCACCAAAGCGGGCGAUGUUGGUGAAGAAGUCUUCACUGAGGAGUAUGUGACUGGAGAUGUGGGCCUUAAGGAAUACGACUAUGCCUACAGAGACUACAAUGAGCCCUUACCAGAGACCGGAGAGGUCGAUGCCUACAUGGGGCCCGCCUUGUCCGCUGUGACGGAUGAGGGAGGCGCCGCCUUUAGAGGCCAGAAAGGAGAAAAGGGAGAACCUGCUGUUUUGGAGCCUGGCAUGUUAAUAGAAGGUUCCCCAGGGCCUGAAGGGCCUGCAGGACCGUCUGGACCACCUGGAUCAUCUGGACCUCCUGGUUCUGUGGGAGACCCUGGAGAGAGGGGUCCUCCUGGUAAAGCUGGUCUGCCUGGGGCUGAUGGAGUCCCUGGACCUCCUGGAACCUCAGUCAUGCUUCCUUUCCGUUUUGGGCAGGGCGGCGGCGAUAAGGGUCCCGUUGUCUCUGCACAGGAGGCCCAGGCAGCCGCCAUCUUGUCUCAGGCUAGGAUGGCACUGAAAGGACCUCCUGGACCAAUGGGAUUCACCGGGCGCCCUGGACCUGUGGGAAGUCCAGGAAGCUCUGGGCUGAAGGGAGAAAGUGGAGAUCCUGGUCCUCAGGGCCCCAGAGGAUCACAGGGGUUGCUGGGUCCUCCGGGUAAAUCAGGAAGAAGAGGUCGCGCUGGUGCUGAUGGGCCUCGGGGAAUGCCCGGAGAGCCCGGAUCUAAAGGCGAUCGUGGCUUUGAUGGUCUUCCUGGUUUGCCUGGUGACAAAGGACACAGGGGUGACCCGGGACCAAUGGGACCACCAGGAUCUCAAGGAGAAGAUGGAGAGAGGGGAGACGAUGGAGACGUCGGACCCAGGGGUCUCCCAGGUGAACCCGGACCCCGUGGUCUGCUCGGGCCUAAAGGUCCUCCAGGAAUCUCUGGACCUCCUGGUGUACGAGGAAAUGAUGGCCCUCAUGGUCCCAAAGGAAAUUUGGGUCCUCAAGGUGAGCCCGGACCUCCAGGCCAGCAGGGAACUCCAGGAACUCAGGGAAUGCCAGGACCUCAGGGAGCUAUUGGACCUCCAGGAGAGAAAGGUCCCACUGGAAAACCGGGUUUACCAGGAAUGCCUGGAGCGGACGGCCCUCCUGGUCACCCAGGAAAGGAGGGUCCGUCAGGCACUAAAGGAAACCAGGGUCCCAACGGUCCUCAAGGAGCCAUCGGCUAUCCUGGCCCUCGUGGCAUCAAGGGAGUGCAAGGAAUCCGCGGUCUAAAGGGUCACAAAGGAGAGAAGGGAGAAGAUGGCUUCCCAGGAAUUAAGGGAGAUUUUGGCAUCAAGGGAGAGAGGGGUGAGAUUGGAGUUUCAGGGCCCAGAGGAGAAGAUGGCCCAGAGGGACCAAAGGGUCGUGUUGGACCUCCUGGAGAACUCGGACCAAUUGGGCUUGCUGGAGAGAAGGGUAAACUUGGUGUACCUGGACUUCCUGGAUACCCUGGAAGACAAGGACCCAAGGGAUCUCUUGGAUUCCCUGGAUUUCCUGGUUCUAAUGGAGAGAAGGGAACGCGGGGUGUUUCUGGAAAACAAGGACCAAGAGGACAAAGAGGACCAACGGGUCCUCGAGGGCAGAGAGGACCGAGGGGAUCAACAGGAAAACUAGGAGCAAAGGGAACGUCUGGAAGUGACGGCCCUCCUGGUCCUCCUGGAGAGAGGGGAUUACCCGGACCUCAAGGAGCCAACGGCUUCCCCGGACCAAAGGGACCUCCAGGACCACCAGGAAAGGACGGACUGCCUGGACAUCCUGGACAGAGAGGAGAAGUCGGGUUCCAAGGUAAAGUGGGUCCACCUGGGCCUCCGGGAGUUGUAGGACCUCAGGGUCCAUCCGGUGAAACGGGCCCCAUGGGUGAGCGUGGGCACCCUGGACCUCCAGGUCCUCCAGGAGAGCAGGGACUUUCUGGUCCGUCAGGAAAAGAGGGCACCAAGGGAGACCCCGGACCUCCAGGAGGCCCUGGUAAAGAUGGGCCUCCUGGUCUGAGAGGAUUCCCUGGAGAGAGAGGACUUCCUGGAACCCCUGGUGGUGGAGGACUGAAGGGAAGCGAAGGACCUGCUGGACCUCCUGGACCUGCUGGUUCUCCUGGUGAGAGAGGUUCUGCUGGAACCGCUGGACCUGUGGGACCUCCUGGCAGACCAGGUCCUCAAGGAACACCAGGACAAGCUGGAGAGAAGGGCGUUCCAGGCGAGAAAGGCCCCAUUGGCCCAGCAGGGCGGGAUGGAGUCCAGGGUCCAGUGGGUCUGCCCGGCCCUGCUGGAUCACCUGGAGUACCUGGAGAGGAUGGAGAUAAGGGUGAAGUUGGAGAACACGGUCAGAAGGGAGCCAAGGGGGGGAAAGGAGAGCAUGGUCCUCCUGGUCCACCUGGCCCAAACGGUCCAGUUGGCCAACCCGGUCCUGCUGGGGCAGAUGGAGAGCUGGGACCAAGGGGGCAGCAGGGACCUUUUGGAGCUAAAGGUGACGAAGGAACUCGAGGAUUCCCGGGAGCUCCGGGACCUAUCGGACUUCAGGGCCUGCCUGGACCAUCGGGUGAGAAGGGAGAGACCGGAGACGUUGGGCCAUUGGGUCCUCCUGGACCUCCAGGACCCCGCGGACCUGCUGGACCCAACGGAGCCGACGGACCUCAAGGUCCUCCUGGUGGUUUGGGUAAUCCUGGACCUCUUGGAGAGAAGGGAGAGCCUGGUGAGGCGGGAGCACCUGGAGUUGUUGGAGAACCAGGAAAGAAGGGUCUUCGUGGAGAACGCGGAGAGAAGGGAGAAGCUGGACAACCUGGAACUGCUGGACCUGCUGGAGGACGAGGACGACCUGGAGAUGAUGGACCCAAAGGAAACCCAGGCCCAGUUGGUUCCCCUGGAGAUCCUGGUGCUCCUGGUGAGGUUGGACCCAGAGGUCAAGAUGGCGCCAAAGGAGAGAGAGGAGAGGACGGUGAAGCAGGAGAGUCGGGUUCUCCAGGACCUCCCGGUGAGAACGGACCACCUGGUCCUCCAGGAAAAAGGGGACCUGCUGGGACCAGAGGACCGGAGGGCCGACAAGGAGAGAAGGGAACCAAAGGGGAUCCAGGUGCCGUCGGGCCCCCAGGGAAGACCGGCCCCGUUGGUCCUCAGGGUCAGCCGGGAAAACCGGGAACAGAAGGUCUCAGAGGACUUCCAGGAUCAGUGGGAGAGCAAGGAUCUCCAGGAUCUGCUGGACAGACGGGCCCACCUGGACCUAUCGGACCUCCCGGUCUACCUGGCCUGCGUGGAGAUCCUGGUGCAAAGGGUGAGAAGGGUCACCAGGGUCUCAUCGGUCUGAUCGGACCUUCAGGAGAGCAGGGAGAGAAAGGAGACCGGGGCAUGCCUGGGCCUCAUGGAUCCACCGGACCUAAAGGAGAACCUGGGAUGGCUGGAGGUACUGGACCUCUGGGUCCUGCUGGUCCUCCUGGGCUUCCUGGUCCGCAAGGUGUCAAAGGAGCAAAGGGCUCCAGUGGAGGAGCAGGUCCAAAGGGAGAGAAGGGUGUGCAAGGACCUCCUGGGCCUCCUGGUCCCCCAGGCGAGGCCAUUCAGCCUCUGCCCAUUCUGAGGAGUCCCAAGACUAAACGCUCCAUCGAUGCCAGCCAGCUGCUGUCUGAGUUCAACCCCGACGCGCCAGCCUCCGACACCGCUGGUACGGAGUUCCUGAUGGGCAGUGAAGGCAUGGAGGAGAUCUUCGGAUCCCUGAACCCGCUAAGGCAGGAGAUCGAGACGAUGCGUUUCCCUCUGGGGACUCGCGACAGUCCGGCUCGCACCUGCCAGGACCUGCAGCUCAGCCAGCCGGACCUCCAGGAUGGUGAGAGGAUCACAUGCUGCUUAUCCGGGUUGUUUUCGGUUUCCUUUAGAGUAAAAGCCACCAACACAAACACCACCAGAGCUUCUGUAACUUCUCACCUUUCUGCAGGAGAAUACUGGAUUGACCCAAACCAAGGCUGCUCCAGAGACUCCUUCAAGGUCUUCUGUAAUUUCACUAAAGGAGAGACGUGCCUGUACCCCAGAGACGUCGACACGGUGAAGAUGAGCUCCUGGGACAAGGAGACUCCAGGGUCGUGGUACAGUCAGUUCACCACUGGUAGCAAGUUCUCCUACGUGGAUUUGAACGGCGAGCCCGUGGGCGUGGUCCAGCUGGGCUUCCUGCGCCUCCUGAGCGUCCAGGCCCGUCAGAACCUCACCUACCACUGCCACCGCUCUGUGGCCUGGGCCGACCGAAGCGCCAAGAACAACCACAAGAGGGCGCUGCACUUCAGAGGCGCCAACGAGGAAGAGCUAAGCUACGAGACCAGCCCUUACAUCAAAGCCUUGGUGGACGGCUGCUCCGUGAGUUCACAGCUGAUUCUGAGUGUGUGUUCUGGGUGGGUUCACCUGGAAAUCUGACGCGUGUCCCCGUCUCUCUCCACAGUACUGGAAAGGCUUCGACAGGACGGUCCUGGAGAUCAACACGCCUCAGGUGGAGCACCUCCCUCUGCUGGACAUCAAGGUGUCAGACUUUGGGGAGAGCAACCAGCAGUUUGGGUUUGAAGUUGGACCUGUCUGUUUCCAAGGCUGAACACUCACUCACACACACACACGAUAAACAUACAGGCCCAGUAAUUUGUAAAUUAACUUGUAAAUGAUAUAAACACACACACACACUCGCCUACGUGCCUCUGGAGCCCUCCCAGCAAAACAUGGACCAAACAGAGGAAACAUCGACUGGGAGGAAAAUAAACACGAAGAACGACGUUCCUGGGAAUCAAACAAAGUGUUCUUCAACGGGCCUGGACCCAGGCUUACUCCUCCCUGCUGACACCUUCAUCCACUUCCUGCUCCACCUCCCCUCCUCUUUAAGAAAAGGUCCACGAUCAGACGUUAUCCUACUUCUGUAAUUCCCACAUGCAGCAACAGGACCAACAGUUUCACACCCGAAUCUAUUCUUCUAAAGCCAGAUUUGUCCUAAUCUAAGCAUCGGUUACGUCACAUCCUGUCACUUCUAAUAAAGCAAGCAAGGAACGGACCACAUGCCACCAUCAGGCUCUGAUCGGAGUCGUCUUUCUGCUCUAAAAGCUUUAUUAUCUAACAGUGUGCCUCAGAGCUCAAACGGAUCAUUAGAAUAUAUAUAUGUGGUGCUUUUUAAAGGUUAGUGAGACCAGAGAGACGGUGAAGCGAGACUAAAGCCAUCACGUACCUGAGUGGCCUCCAGACACCACUUCAGUAUUCCGGUGCUGAUCCAGACCCGGUGUUUUCUGUUCCUGCAGCAGAGAAUAAAAAUGCACACGUUACUGAGUGAAACUGUGGAAAGGUGCUAAUUCUAUAAAAUAAAGUCCUCCAUUUUAGUCUCUUCUAGGGAAAUGUGCAUUACAUUUGUACAGAAAUAGUGAUAUUCUAUUGUAUUUAUUUAAAACCAACUGGGUGCUUUGAGAUUAAAAUAAGAACCGAGGAUUAUUUCUAGCAGACGUGACUUUCAGUUGUAUUUAUUUGAUGCAGCUCGACUGCACAGCUGUGAUGCUUCUGUUCACACCCCCACCAACCAAAGAAUCUGGCCGUGACUAAAACUGUAAUCCCUCCCUUAUCUAGUUUCAUCUGUACUGUGCUGUUUCCACUGCCAUGAUUAAACGGUGACUCCACUUCUCA